UAAAGGUAAUGUAAUGCAGUAUGUAUCGAAUAUGCCGUCAAGUGAAUAUCGUUUGUACAUAUUUCAUGGUGGGCAAGAUGAAAAUGUCCACUUUGUGCAUACUGCAUCAUUGAUUGGAAAACUGAAAGCUGCUGGUAAACCGCAUCAUUUUCAGUUCUAUCCAAAUUCUCGACAUCGUUUAAACCAUCAAAGUCAUUUAGAAGCGACAGUUUUAACAUUUCUUGAAGAUACACUAUCUACCACUCCUACUACGACGACGACCACUACAAGUAUACCAAGCUAUAAGCUGAAAUGAACCGCAAAAUGGAACGAACAGCGUAAAUCUCCUGUAGCCUAUCUACUUCUCAACUAGCUAGCUAACUAACUAACUGUACUUCAACUGAGCCUGGGUUCGGACAGCAGUGUGUUGUCUGCAAUAUAGAAGCACGCCUAACGCUGCUCUCCUUAUACUGCUACAACGAUUACUACGACAACAACAACUGCUACGCUUCAGUGUGUGCUUUUUGUCUCAACAACCUAUUCAGCUGAAAUGGCCUUCAAUGUCUUUCCAAUGUUAUUAUUAUUAUUACUAUUAUUUUAGUCGUAUCUCUCAACAGAUGACAUAGUAGGGCAUCAGUUAUGAAUCGUUAUGACAAUAACAGAAAUCUUGAUAUAUAUGUGUACAUUAAUAACAGUUAUCUUCUUUUUUUCUUGUUCUUGUUCUUUCCUUAUACUCGAAAGGUGAUACUUAGACAAACUUUGGCCUACCUCUUAUUUUCUAGUAGUAGUUAACUUAUAUACUACUCACAGUCAGCUGUGUUUUCCACUACUUUCUAGUGUAUAUUUAUUAGCUUAUAAAGUUGAAUGAAUAUAUUACUAUUCAACUUAUUUAUUUAUUUAUUUAUUUAUGUAUUGACUUAUUGACUUAUUUAUUGUAUUAUGCAAGCAAUGUGAAUGUUAUGAAUUAUAUGAU